UCCAUUGCACUCAAAGGCAUUGCUUACUUUGUUUGUUCAUUUUACAGUUUGAAUCAUUUGGAGCUCUCUCUGAAAAUAGCCCUUUCUCUUAAAAUGGGUGUGAGAAUAGUGAAAUCCUUGGCUGGAUUUUUGCUGCUCUUGAAUUUGUGCAUGUAUGUGACUGUUGCUGCCAUUGCUGGAUGGGCACUCAAUAAGGCCAUCGACCAUCAUUAUGUUACUGGACCCAAAAAUAGCAUACCGGUGGGCUUCUCGUUUUCACCAUUGCUUUUCCCCAUAGGGAAUGAAGCCACUGGUUUUAUGGUCAUUUUUUCCCUGAUAGCAGGAGUUGUAGGAGCAGCUUCAUGUCUUUCAGGGCUCCAUCAUCUAAGAGUGUGGACAGCAGAGAGCUUGGCUUCAACUGUUUCAUCCGCCAUCACAGCUUGGGCUCUUACUCUUCUUGCCAUGGGGUUGGCAUGCAAAGAGAUCCAUUUACAUGGCAGAAGCCCAAAGCUGAUCGCUUUGGAAGCCUUCGUCAUCAUUCUGUCUGCUACAAAAUUAUUUUACAUGAUGGUCAUCCAUGUUGGAUUCUUUGCUGGAAAUUACUUUUUCCGUGGAGAGAAACAUGUUGGCACCACUACUGCAGAGCCUGUAAAAGAAACCACCCUUCCAGCUUAGAAAAUGAAGUUCAAUGUGGGACGAAUGUUUGGUCUGGCUUGGGCUCUGUUUUUAAAAGUUUUUAAUGCCUUUGAUUGUAAGAUUGUAUAGAAGGGAGAGGAUGUAUGCCUUUAGCUAUUUAUAAGGUAGUUCUGAUCUAAGAUUUUUUAAUUCAAAUUGUGAUGUAUGAGUUACAAACUUUUGUUUGAGAUGUAUAUGGAAAGCAGGGAUUACAGCUCCA